CCGAUUGGACCGUCAAUGAAGCCCUCGCGCGGUCUCGACACCUCUUAUAAACCCCCAGAGCGCAGUAAGCGAGGAUACAGCCUGACUGCAGGGACUGGAGCGACAAGUGGCUGCGGGAAAACAACACCAAUGUGUCGGAGCGGGCAGAGGAUGAUGAUGCUGCCGCCUUGCUUACUUGUGGCGUGCUUGCUGCUUGGAUUCGGCCGGGCCGCCUUGUCUUGGACCGGGGAGACCCCGCUGCUGCAGCCUGGGAAUGCGACUCCCAACCUCGACUCCUUCCACACUAACGUCCCAAGCGAGGAUGAUGACGGCGGCGAGACAGCCUCCACCGGCCCGGCUCUUAAACCGGAGGAUCCCGGAUUAAUCUGCUACGAGGAUAGAAUGACACUCAAGCUACCCGGCACUGGCGUGAAGGCGCUCCGUGUGCGAGUGAAGAAUCGCCUCCUUCCAGUGGCGAGCCUGGCCGGGUUUUGCAAGUACAGCGUGACGUUUAGUGGGGGCUACAGCUUGUUCACGACGUCAUUCAAGGGCUGCAACGUGAAGAUACAGGCAAGUUGCUUCAACUCCUUUUUACUGUGGGUUUGGAGAAUUCAGAGACUCUGGAUCCAACAGGAUGAAAUCAACGGGAUCUCCUCCUUCGUGCUCACUGUGUUCUUCGCAAGGACAGGGGGUGCAGGGCUGGUGAUGAGGUGUCCACAGAGCACCCCCAAAUCUCUCCCCAGCUCAGCCUGUGGGGUCACCACUGUGACCUUUGAACUGCCAGAGGGACCCCUAGGGGAGGUCACAAUCACAGACCGGUCUGGUUUGGAGAUGCUGAUCAAAGACGCCCCAGAUGAAUGUGCUUUCUACCUGAUGAAGGGAGACGGGAUGAAUGUGCUCACAAUCUCUUACUAUGCCAAGGAUGAAGGCUGUCCUCUUCAAACACAGAACAAUACCCUGGUCUUCCAUGUGACGUACAAGGACGCGGAGGGACGGCCAGGCUCCAUAGAGCAGGGGUGUCUCCCAUUCGAACCCCCUGCUGUCUGUGGCCCCACCAGCAUGAGUACAGAUCUUCCAGAGGGGCCACUAGACCAGGUCUUCAUCCUGGAUGGGAAGAACAGCCUGGUUGCUGUGAAGGUCAAUGGCAGCUGUGGCUAUGGGCUGGUCCAGGGGAUUGGGAAGAACUACUUUAUGGCUCCUUACGAUGCUUGUGAUGUGCUGAAACAGAACAUUGACGGCCAUGUCCAUUACUCGCUGUCCGUUUCGUUCUCUGAUGUAAACGAGGUGACUCGCUUGAGGCAUAUGAAGUGCCGUGUCUUGGCUAAGCGUGAGAUCCUCCCUCCUCCCUCUCUCCCUCCCCACCCUGCUGGUGUCUCGGUCUCCUGCAGUGAGGGGUGCAUGACGGUGCUGCUGCCUGCCGGUCCCCUCGAUCUGGUCAAAGUCAAGGAUGACUCCAAUAAUCUGGUUGGGGUGCAGUCUGCACCAAGUGCUUGUGGCUACACUCUAGAGGAGAAGGAUGGAAAGACCGUCUUCACAGUGUCUUACACGGCCCGCCCUGCCCCUCACCUGGGGGUGUUUCAGGUGCAGUUACAGAUUGCUAAAGAUGGGACCUUCUCCCAGUUCUACCCCUCCUCCAGCCUGCCCGUGAGUCUCCUCCUGGGAAGCAGAGUUUACCUUGAGCUGCGUCUGAUCAACCCCACUGACCCCAGCCUGGUUCUGCUGGUGCACUACUGCAUUGCUUACCCACGCUCCUCCAGUGCUGUGUGGGUGCUGCUGUACCAGGGUUGUCCAAAUGUCCUGGAUUACGGCAGCUCUGCGUCUCUGCACGUGGACGGCCAGCCCCCCCCACUCCAAAUUCAGACGACGCUUCAGUCUCCGAACAUUCCAGUUCCUGAGCAGUGGGCUAGCCCUGGACGAGGAGAUCUCCUUCAUGUGCUCCACUGAAGUCUGUUCUCCAGGCCAGCGCCGCUGCAAUGAGGGUUGCUUUGAUGGGAGAGACACUCCCAUCUCGGUCGACCCCAAUAUGAGACUGCGCUGUGCUGGUAAUCCCUGCCCAGGGAGGGUGAUGCUGGAGGGAGCCUAGUGAAGGAGCUCAGAGCCCAGGCAGGAAACUCAGCCCUAAGACUACAGUAACCAUUUCAAAUAAAAAGAAGAAACCCA